AUGGCACCUACAGUCAAGAUUCCCAAUGUACUGGGGCGUAUAAGUGACAACGAACUUCCCGAAGCCAUCGACAACUUCCACAAGUCCACCAGCCAAACCCUUACCGGCCUCCGCUCCUACCCAUCCAAAGACGAGCUUCAAGCUGCUGCCACUAUCUGGAAGAACCGCGAAUACUACGAGAACGCCGCCCGAGCCGACAUUCGCGACACUCCGAUAACUCUUAACGAUGCGGAGCGGAAGGCCAUCGUCAGGGAGGCGGACCAUGCCUUCUCCGAACGAGGCAUGUCUAUAGUCGUGGCUACAGUUAGCUUAAGCGCAUACCUCCAAGGGUUCGCACAAAGCAGUCAGAAUGGAGCCAACCUGUUUGCCGAGCUAUGGAUCGAUCGGCGGGCGGAUACGAACUCGACAUAUUUCGGGCUUGCGAAUGCGACGGUUUACCUCAGUGCUGCUAUCCUAGGCUGUCCUCUUGCCGCACCCAUAAACUCUUACUUUGGUCGUCGAGGAGCAAUCUUCGUUGCUUCCAUGUUCAUUUUCAUCAGCUCAAUCGCCUCGUCCGCUAUCCCGCUUGGCACCCCGGGGAGUACGGACCCUCCACGCGGGUGGGUGCUUCUCAGUGGCAUUCGCAUCAUCGGAGGGGUGGGAAUGGGUCUGAAGGCUGUAAGCACGCCGAUAUUGGCGGCCGAAAUGGCCGUGGGCUAUUGGAGGGGGUCAUUCAUUCUAAUGUGGCAGCUCUGGGUCGCCUUUGGAAUCAUGAUGUCCUUUAUCGUCAACAUUGGUCUCAACAGCAUUCAGGGUGACGACAGGCGCGAACUCAAACUUCGACUCAUAAUGGGUUCGCCCGCAGUCUUUGCCCUCGUCCUCAUGCUGGCUGUCUUCAAGUGCCCCGAGUCGUUUCGCUAUUACAUGACGCCAGGAAUCGAACAAGAGUCCGAUAUGGAAGGACGGGCAAUUGGGUUGGUGCCUAGUAAUCCUAACACUAAUCCAAGCCCUGAUGAAUGUGAAGCCACGCAGUCAGGCAGUGAUUCUCCUGGGUCCGGCGGUCCGAACCCUGGAGAGUCCAAUGGUCAAGAGAACGUGACAGCACGAAUGAGCUCUGAACGAAGUCAUAAUAUCUUGCAAUUGGUGAUUGUCUCACCCUUCCAAGGGUUCGGAAGAUCAGCCUGGCGCUACGUGGUCAAAUACUGGCGAAUUCUCCAGAUACGCCGUCUUCGCAAUGCUGCCAUUGCAGCUGGAGUUGUCGCCUUCACGCAGCAACUAUCAGGCAUCAACGUCAUGGCUUUCUACGGAGGCAGCAUGCUCAUCAAGGCCCAGGAUGGUAACACACUCACAGACGGGGAGAUCCACCACGCAAUGGUCAUAAAUGUCGUAUUCGGCAUGCUCAACUUCCUCUUCUGCUUGCCGGCAAUACGAUAUAUCGACAGCCUCGGCAGGCGAAAAAUCUUGCUCUUUACAAUCCCAUGGAUGGCAGUUGGUAUGCUGGCCGCUGCCGUUAGUUACGGGAGAGUGGACAUCAAAGUUGUUGCGUGGUGGUUAUAUUUCCAUGCGAUUUGGUAUAGUCCCGGAAUGGGCCCAGUACCCUUCGUCCUUGCAGCCGAGAGUUUCCCCCUGGCAUUUCGAGAAACAGGCGCGUCGAUGGCAAUUUCCGUCAACUUCCUCUUCGCAGGUGUUCUAGCCUGGCUAUUGCCCUGCCUCGACAGAGGCAUAGAGGUCAGCGGCACCCUCGGGGUCUUUGCCGGCCUCAACCUCGCCGCCUUCAUCUUGGUGUUCCUCCUCGUCGAAGAGACAGGCGGCGUGCGUCUCGAAGCUCUCGGUAUCGUGUUCAAGGAGCCAAAGAGAGACUUUAUGCGCUUCCAGGUGUUUGAGUUCAUGCCCUGGCUGGGGAACUUCUUAAUCGGUCGGAGUAGGUGGGAGGAUAGACCCGCACGGAUGAUAAACUAUGAGAAAAGGAGGGUGGAAGUUGUGCCAGGUGCGGAUGACCGGGGGCCCGGUGGUGGAGUUGAUGGAGGAGUGGUGAAUAGGGUGAGCUUUAACCGACAGAGUUCUGAGGGGCCAAGUUCUGAUGAUGACGAUAUGAGAGUCGCCGCGAAGCAAACUGAGGAUAACCUUGUGCUAGCUCCAAGCAACUUCUGGAACGAGGAACUAUCGCCCAAAAUCGAGGAUAUUGUAACGCCGAUGGGCAAACCCUGUCGAGCCGAUGCGACAACGAUCGUUCGUAUUGAGCUAGAAAUGCUUUCACGUCUCUGGCCCAGCGUCGUGCUACGCCAUCUAAGCCCUGACUACAUCAUCUCGCAGCCCUGGUAUGCCGAGGGAGAUGAUCGCUACGGCGAUAAACAAUCCGGCGGCUUUAUCAUACUGCUCGAGUCCCCCACGCCCACGGGCGCCUGGCCAGGGUGA